AUGCGCAAGCUUGGCACAGAAAAGUGGAGCAAGGACAGCAAGGCAGUGAUCGACGAGUUCCUGCUGAUGUGGUUGCCGCUCCCCAGCAAGCUGGACCAACCGCAAGAGUCGAGUGCCAGUGCGGGUGCUGUUGUCAAGGUGGCCGAGUUUGACAUGUUCAAGCCGCGCCUGCAUGCCUUGCUCACAGACAUCAUGGAAGCUUCAGAGCUUGGCCCUGUGCACGCGGCAGAGAUCGGGCAACACCGAAGCUCACAAGGUGACGAUGCAGAACUGGUUGAAGACAUUGAUGACAUGGAGCAGGCCAACGGUGAGCGGCACUUCCAGGCUGGGGCUGGGGCUGGCUACAGCUAG